AUGGCUUCUGCAUCUGGCUUGAAGCGCACGGAAUCGAUAAAAGAUAACAUGUCAUCAGACGAAUCGAAGCAAAGUAGGUACCAUAUGAAGAGGUGCUUUGCCAAGUACCUUGAGAAAGGUAGAAGGAUCAUAAAAGUCCAUGACUUGAUGGAAGAAAUGGAGCAAGUUCUAAAUGACCAGAGAGAUAAGAAUCAAAUAUUGGAAGGCAAUCUUGGCUUCUUAUUAAGUUGUACACAGGAAGCUAUUGUUGAUCCACCAUAUGUUGCUUUUGCUGUAAGGCAAGAUCCUGGUGUUUGGGAAUAUGUAAAAGUGAGCUCUGAGAAUCUUUCAGUUGAACCUAUAACGUCCACCGAUUACCUCAAAUUUAAGGAAAGAAUAUACGACGAAAAAUGGGCGAACAAUGAAAACGCGUUGGAAGCAGAUUUUGGGGCAUUUGAUUUUCCUAUUUGA